UUAUGUAGGUUGUCACAGAGUGAUUGAAGAUAUGAAGUUUGCAGAGGAACUUGCUUCACAAGUGGUGCAAGAAUGGCAGGCUGCAUACAUGGACUACAACACCCUCAAACAAGCUCUCAAAAAUCUGGUGAAGCAAAGAGAAGCAACAAGUUUAAACAAAUCGACAAACAAUGGCGAUGAGUAUUACCAGGAAGGCGGCGGAUCGGAGCUCGAAUUUUUCACCAAACUCGAAGACGAGUUCAACAAGGUGGUGAAUUUCUACAAGGAUAAGCUGCAACAGCUGAAGGUGGAGGCACACGAUCUCACCUUGAAGAGCCAAGUUGGAGUGCAUUUGGACAUAAGUCAAGAAGUGGAAUUGAGACAGGACAACAUCAAUAUUUACAAACAGGUUCAACAUUUGAGAAGAUUCUGUUCCUCGAAUAUUCUUGCCUUCUCGAAAAUAAUGAACAAGUACGACAAGAUAGCUUCAAGGAGUGCUUCGAAUGUCUACUUACAGAUGCUUGACAAUUCGUUUCGUGCCAACUCUAACGAGGUGUACGAGCUCAUGGAAAGACUAAUGGCUGCAUUCAUCGAGCAAUUUGCACAAGGAAAUCGUGGAAAAGGGAAGAAAUCGAUGAGGCUAGGAGGAAAAAGGGAGAAGCGCAGAAUAACAUUCCUCCUUGGUCUAUUUACAGGCUGCUCGGUAGCACUAGUGAUUGCCGUUAUUGUGUCAAUGCAUGCUCGGGAUCUUCUCAAUCACGCGGGACGAGAUCAGUACAUGGAGAGCAUAUUUCCACUCUACAGCUUGUUUGGAUUCAUUGUCCUACACUUGCUCAUAUAUGGGUCGAAUGCCUAUCUCUGGAGGCUAUUCCGUGUGAACUACCCUUCUAUUUUUGGAUUCAAAGAAGAAACAGAUCUAAGCUUUAGAAAAGUGCUCCUCCUCGCUUCUUCACUAUCCAUGCUCUCGUUGGCAGCUGUGCUUUCAAACCUUGACAUGGAGAUGGAUCUCCGAACAAUGAAGUAUAGUACGGUUACCGAACUAGUUCCAUUAGCAUUAGUCCUUCUGGUACUUCUUGUCACCUUCUGCCCUUUCAAUAUUCUCUAUCAUUCGAGCCGUUUCUUCUUCCUCCGCCACGCGUGUCACUGUGCUUCUGCUCCACUCCAUAAGGGAACUUUUACUGAUUUCUUCUUGGCAGAUCAGCUAACAAGCCAGGUUCAAGCAAUCAGAAGCUUGCUUUUCUAUCUCUUCUACUACACGAUGGGGGAUUUCACCACGAGAUCAAAUGUGUUUCUUAACAAGAAGUCAUACAAGGCUUUGUACAUUGUCGUUGCCAUCAUCCCGUCAUGGUGGCGUCUUCUUCAGUGCCUUCGUCGUUUCUAUGAUGAGAAAGAGAAAAAGCAAGGUCUCAACGCGCUCAAGUACUUGUCAACCAUCAUGGCUCUUGCAAUGAGGACAAUGUAUGAUUAUAAGAAGGGUGCCUUUUGGAGAAUCAUGGCUGCAUCAACGUCAGGAGUCACGACUAUCUACAGCACGUAUUGGGACAUUGUUCACGACUGGGGCCUACUUCAGAGGAAUACAAGAAAUCCAUGGCUGAGAGAAGAGCUUCUCAUCUCAAACAAGGCUGUCUAUUAUGGUGCUAUAGUGGUAAACAUGAUUCUGAGACUUGUUUGGAUGCAGUCAGUUCUUGAUUUCAAUGAGACUGAAUUUCUUCAUAGGCGAGCUGUGGUGGCGCUCGUUGCCUGCUUGGAGAUCCUUCGUCGUGGUAUUUGGAACUUCUUCAGGUUGGAGAAUGAGCAUUUCCACCACAAAAUAGUACUAUUGCCAUCUUGAUACCAAGGUUAAAAUAUGAUCACAUGAUAGAUUGUAGGUAUGUUCAAGAAAACAAAUUAAGUAAAUAAUAUUUUGCACUAGUGUUUGUAAUCAAUUAUCCAACUUUUCUUUAUAAAAUUUGCGUGAUAGGGAGACUUUUGGAUCAUCAGAAAAUAAUCUGCAUUUAACUUUCAAA